AUGGAUGCUAUUCCAGGUCCUUCAAACUCGAUGCCACCAGGGAGAAGAUCUCCAAACGAUAUAGAAACCUUCAAAGACUGCUCAAGAGUGUCCGACGCGAACGCUCUGCGUGGUUUAUCUAUGCUACUCGAUGAUUUUGCCGCUACGUGGUGGUACGGAGUAAAAGACACUGUCGCAACAUGGGAAACUGCUCUCGAUCUUUUACGUUUAACUUUCGGUCCAAGAAAACUAGCAUAUCUUGUAUGUCGGGAAAUAUUUUCAAAUGAACAAGAUAUUAGAACACCUUCUGAUGUAUUUAUCUGUCAAUCACGUUCAUUGCUUGCGCAACUUCCAGCCAAUACCCUAACCGAGUCGACGCAGAUUGAUAUGAUUUAUGGCUUGUUACAUAAACGAAUACGAGAAAAAGUACCUCGAGAUAAAGUCCCUACUUUUAACGAAUUACUUAAAGAAUGUGGCAUGGUAGAAGAAACGUUUGUUGAUCAUUUUGACAUCAGGCCUUUAUAA